UGCGCCUCCUGCGGCUGCGUCCUCGCCGAGGGGCUCCUCACCACCACCUACGCCGAGGAGGAGCACCUGCGAGAGGUGGCGUAUUCCCAGAGCACUGGUCAGAAAGAGCAGCUGAGCCGCUGCCUGCAGCGAGGCAUCAGGCGGGUCCAGGAUCUCUGUAAAGUCCUCCAGCUCCCGACGGUGUUCGAGGAAACGGCGGUGUCGUACUUCCAGAGAGCUGUGCAGCACCCCUCCUUCCACCUGGUCAGUCUGGAGAAGAAGGAGCUCCUGGGGGGCUGCUGCGUCUUCGUGACUUGUCGACAGCACAGCUGGCCCCUGACGAUGGGGACGAUCUGCUCCCUCCUUUACGCGAAGCAGGAGCUGUUUGCCAGCGUCUACCUGAGCCUUCAGAAAGAGCUGGAGCUCUCUGUGCCGGCCCUGAGCCUGGCAGACCUGGUAAAGACACACCUGAACAGUUUUCGGCUAUUCCAGCAUGCGGCUGACGUCCCUGCCCCGUUUGUGGAGGACAAGGAGAAGAUGGUCACCCGAACGAUGCAGAUCGUGGAGCUGGCCAGCGAGACAUGGCUGGUCACUGGCCGGCACCCUGUUCCCAUCGUCACGGCCGCGGCUUUCCUGUCGUGGCAGUCGCUGCAGCCCGCUGCACGCCUCACCUGCACUUUUGCCCGUUUCUGCAAGGCGGCGGGUGUCGAUCUGCCCCCACCGGCGCACCUGAGGCUGAAGGAGCUUCUCGAGAUCCUCCUGAGAAUGGCCUCCCAGCUCGCUUGGCUGAGGGUGUUUAAAAUGGACAAGAAAACGGUGGUCAAGCACAUUGGGGACAUGCUGCAACACCGAAUUAAAAAUGCCUUCUGCCUGGAGGAUGAGGAGGAGCAGCGUGCCACGGCCCCAGGCGAGCACUCCCCUGUCUCUCCUCCAUCGCAGGAGGAAGGCUGUCCCGCGGAAGGGAAACGCCAGCGUGAGGGCGGCCCGGGGCCCUUGCUGCCACCCUGCCUUACCAAUCCAAGGAAGAGACUGCGGACGGCAGCCCCGAGCGCUUCAGACUUGGCCAUCACCGGCGACGAGCCCAUCUCCGACAGUGAAAUCGAACAGUACCUGCGGGGCCCGGAAGAGAUCCGGGCCUUCAGGCAGGCCAAGGCCUGGCCGUGA